CUCCCGCCAGGCUCGUCCCCCGCUCCUGCAGCAUGGCGGGCCUGGAGCUGCUGUAUCACUCGGUGGCUCAGGAUGUGUCUUCUCCUCAGGACGCCUUAGUCUGCUUCGUGCACUGGGAGCUGGUCAGGGCGGGAUUCAAGUGCCUGGGGACCGGGGACCAGGCUUUGACUGAGGAGAGGAAGAAGGAGCUGUUACCCACAGGUUGGAAUGUCAAUCGAGAGCUGUACACACUGCGUUAUCGCUCAGAUAAUGAUGAGAAAAUACUUCUGUUAAAGGCAAUCACCGUUGAUUCCAGUCUGAUCAUUAAUGUAAUGAAUUGCCAGUCUGAACAGGUUGUAGAUUUGACAGUAAAUUUAAAUGAUUACGUUAACUCUGAUCACCUGCGAGAGUAUGACAGAGUUUUCAAGAAGAAAGAGGAGUUGCGGCAUCAUAUUGAAUCAGCAAUUGUUUCUCCUUUAGUUGGCACAAAGCAGAGAGAUGGAGGAGGGCAACAGAAAGGAAAGAAAUCAAUUCGGUCUGGUACAGCUGCUCAACCACAUGCGGGCACGAACCCACUCUUCAUCCCACCUAAUGCACCACAAAGGCAACCCUCCUGGUCUGAUCCGAUGGCACCGUUUGCAUCAGGAGGAGAUGAUCUCGACCCAUUUGGUGAACGAAGGGGUGGAAUGAUUGUUGAUCCUUUAAGGUCAGGGUUACCACGUUCUGGCUUUGACCCAUCAUCGGGGAUACCGGGACAGCUUCCUCCUGGUUCAGUCCCACCUGGAGCCAGAUUUGAUCCUUUUGGACCAGUUGGACCGGGCCGUUCUGGCCCUGAUCCAGACCAUCUUCCUCCGCCUGGAUAUGAUGACUUGUUCAUGUGAUCUUCUUUUUCUUCCUCUCACCUCCCUCCUCUCAAAGCAAGUUGGGUUGUAAGGAAAACCCCGGAUGUAAACCACAACUUGUGGAAUUCUGUGGCCUUCACUACUUUUGGUUAAAUAAAUAUUCUAUGAACAGUGUAGCUUAGCCAUUUGAUCUGCUGCGUUCCUGUUUGAUGAUCAGCAGCUUCAGCUAAGCCAAUCUCCCUUUUGGUGGUGGCGCAUACGUGCUCAACUGAACCGGUGAAACUCUUAAGAGCAGCCAAGUGCUUUGUUGUCUUACAUCUGACACAUGCUUCCAGUAUGGACUUGUAACCAAUCUCCUGCACAUUGUCACAGAGUUGUCACUAUGCUAUGUCUUUGAGAUAGGCAUUAAGAGUGUUUGAGUUCAAUGAUCCUGUUAAUAAACUGAUGUGUAAAUGAAAAAAAUAGUUUGAUUGCACUUUGUCAUGUUGAUACACUCAUCUUCUUGCUCUGUUUAUAGAUUUUUAUGAAGAGUUGUUCAUGAAUUAAUAGAAUCUUACAGAUCAGAAGACUAUUUGGCCCAUCAUAUUUGUGCCACUUCUCAAAAUAUUGAUUCAUUUAGUUCCAUGUCUCCUGCUUUUACCCAUUCACUCUGCACAUCUUUACCCUUCAAGUAAUGUCCUGGAAGAAUUUUUUUUUAAAACCAAUGCACUGUAUGCACCUUGUGCUAUGGAGCCAGAUUCCAUUUUGAUGAACAGUUAACCAACUUUUUAAAAACGAGUCUGAUCAUUCAUUGUUCCCAAUUCCUUCCAACUGUUAUUCAUAAUUCAGACACAGAGCACUGAAUAUCGCAAUCUCACUUCGAACUUGAACAAUUGUUUUCAUUUUCACUUAAAGCUGAAAUAAAAUAUUUUAGAAUUGUGUUUGUGAAGUGAGUUACAAGCAAAUCCAAACUUCUUUUUAAGAGAGAAACAUGUUGCAGGGACCAGGAACAAAAUAAUUCCCAGCAUACAGAUUGGGAGAAGGGUAUAAGCAAUUCUGCCGUUCAGGCUUGCUCUGACAUUUUGAUAAACUUUUGUCUGUUCUUGUUGUGUUCUCAGCUUUAGUUUCCUGUCUAACCCUAACUUUGCCAAUAAAGAAUCUAUCAAACAGCCAAAAAACAUUCAAUUCCUCUACCUCUACUGUUCUUUUCAGAAUGAGAAUUCCACAGAUCUCUGACAAAAGAAAGUGUUUCUCAUCUCUAUUUUGAUAGGGAGGCUUUAUUAUAAUAAAAUAACACCAGUGUGUGUGUGACAGGAUGUCUAUAAAUACAGUCUGCCUUUAGUGCUUUCUCUACUUUCUCUCAAUGUAUAUCCCAUAUUUAAACAAAUAAUUUGCUCCACACGUCAACUCACACCUUGCAGUUAUGUGCAAAGACUAGCAAGCUGGGGUUGUUGACCAGAGUACUUAAGAAAAAUAAGGGAAGAUCUAAUGGAGCUAUAUAAAUACUGAAGGGUUUGUCAGAAUGACUAGAGAUAAAUUGUUUCACUGCAAGAGGGGAAGUAAUCAGAAGACAAAGAUUUAAAAUAAUUGGCAAAAGAAUGGCGUGGGUUGAAUUUGAGAGGUUUUUUAAUGCAGUGUGUUGUAAUCUGAAACUCAGUCCAAACGCAUGGUGAAAAGGGAUUCAGUAGUAAUUUAAAUGGAAUUGGAUAAAUGUUUGAAGAAGUAAAUUUGCAGAGCUAUGAGAAAAGAGGAGCAGGAUUGGGACUAAUUGGGUAAUUUUUCAGGACCAGCACAGACUUGAUAGUUGGAAAGGCCAACUUCUGCACUGUAUGAUUCUAUGUAAGGAUAUUAUUUUAACCUGACAUUCAGGAAUGUGAUGACUGCUUUAUUUAUUUUGUAAAAAUAUUGCAAUUUAUUGUCUGUGAAAUUUUCAGUCAUUGACAUUUUAGGGCAUCAAGCGAAAGCAGUUAGACACCACACAAUAUCAAGAGACGCUAGGACUUGUAUCUUAACUGAUGUUAAAUCUCAGAUGCUCUCAGCAACGUGCCCAUUUCCAGCCCUGCUACAGUAACACUUCUCUGGAACUGUGUAAAUAUGUAGCUGAAUGAAUACAGAGCAGGAAAAUUUUCUUAUAAAAUAAUUAAUCGGAAGUAAACACUUUUAGUCAAGCCUGGUUAUGUUUUUGGAAUAUUUGAUUUAGUCUUUUGGAGAAGGCUUUCUCAAAUAUAAAAGUAUCUAAAAACAAAUUUAUUAGUAAUUUUCAAAAAGGAACUGGAUAUGAACAUAAAAAGGAACAAUGUGCAGGGCUGUGGGACAGGAGCGGGGAGUGUUUAACCCUUGCAGAGAGGAUGCACAGGAACAAUGUGAUGCACUCAAUGUUCUCCUGUGCUCUGUCACUGUGUGUGUACGUGCAUUUUAGCUGUAAAUAAAGUUUGUAAUUUUGUUCUCCA